UGUAGUAUAGAAUUUAUAAACAAUUUUUUGUAACUUUUAACAAGCAAAAAAACAGUAGUAUUUAUUCUGUGCCAGUAUAUAACAUAUUUGAAUACGGACACGUGUAAUUUACCAUUCCUUAAAUGACAGCAGGUUGCUAGGGGUUAGCUGAUAGCAAUUGCUGGAAGCUAACAUGAGACUUACCAGUGAAAUUUUAUAUCACAUAUUAUUCAUUGUAAAGAUGGAUUAAAAUCAUAUUAACACAGGAGCAGAAUAUUUGAUAGUUGAUAAAACUGUGACCAUUGAUAACAAGGAGUUAUUACUAAAACGGUUUAAACAAAACUGAAUGGUUGUGAUCACGAAGUGUAGAGUUUGACUGUAGAUUUUGUGAUACAGUCUAGGAACCAGCAAGAAAGAUGAGCAGUCUGGUACCUGGCCCAAUAUUUAUUACAACUGGAUUAAACCGUAAUUCCACUCCGACACCACCAAAUACAACACCAGCUCAGUUAGACACAAAAUAUCGCAGAAUUGACUAUAAUGGACAUGAUUGGCCAUGUGACAGCCCAGUGUCCAGAGCUUACGAUGUUGCCAACACCAGCACUAAACUGAUCAUCCUCAACAACAAGUAUGGAAAGAAUGGUACAAGACUGAGAGGUUACUAUACAGGUCCCAAAAAGCCAGAAAGACAUGUUGACCCAAACAGACACAGAGCCGAAUCACCAAGAAAUCCAAGAUUUCACACAUCAUGUUUGGAUUCUAGUUCACCCAAGUUUGAGCCCACGAUAAAGACAGAACUCGAAUGGAUUAAUUCCAGUCACAGACCACCAAAUGCUUUAAUAGGUGCUCUAUUAAGUUUGAGUGACGAUCAUUGUUCGGAGUUGGAUCUACCAGUUUCCAUAGGGAAAGGAGAUGAAAAGGCAGAUACUGUGUCUAUACUGUCGAGAAAGGCAGAUACUUUGUCUAUACUGUCGAGAAAGGCAGAUACAGUGUCUAUCAAUUUGUCCAGCGUGUUUGAUAUGCCGCUGGAAGAACCUGUUACUGUUGUUAAACAAAAGAAACGUCCUUUACAUCAAGCUAAACACUCUGUGAAUCCACGGCGCCAUGCAACAUGCCUGUCACCGUCAAAUUUACCAGCGUAUGAUGACCGACCCAGAAGUCGCAUGUCAUUGCCACCCAAUAAAUACUUCACAAAUAGUGAGUUUGCAAACAUGAGUAUGGGUGAGAAGAUAUACAUGUGGAGCAUAGAGAAGAUAUAUAACAUGGACAAAAUGAAACAGUUAAAACAAGAACAAUAUAGAAAACUGCUAGAAAUGGAGGCAAAAAAAGGUCAACAUGGUUACAGAGAAUACACUAAAUACAUGCGUUACAUAAACAGUGCAAAAGACCGUAGCUAUGGAACUGAGACACCCUCGGAUAAAAGGUCAAGGUCAGCUCAUUCACCAAGGUCUCAAAGGUCAAAGAGUGCUACAAGUCGAAAAAGCCCUACAAAGUCUGAAACAAGAUCAGAAGAAGAUAUGGAUAAUGAGAAACAAGAUCAGACAGAGAGGCCAAAAACAUCUCUUGGUCAUUCUAGAGAAGAACCUCUUAAUGACAGCAAACCGCCAGCUGGCGAUACCAAGAAGAGCACAUCCUCAUUGGGAUCUGAUGGUCAUAAAUCACUUGGCAGCCAAAAAAGUCUUCAAAAAUCUCCAUCUCCUAGUCGCAAAAGCUCUGCCAAAUCAUCAAGGUCAAAUUCACAGAGGUCGUUAAGGUCAAAAUCAGAAAGUAGGGCAUCAAGUGCUUAUUCAGCAAAGAGUGUUGGGAAAUCAAAGGGAGAUCACUCUGAUUCAUCUUUAACUAAUGGAGAUGAUGAUGUACCUUUAUUACACAGAGAAGGCAAAGAUAGACCCAAAUCCAGACUGGGUUAUCCAAGACCAGACGGCAAAGAUCAAAGUAAUGAAGAAAGGGAAGUUAAUCUUCCUAAAGAGGAAAAGGAGGACGAAGUACUACAUUUUGAGGGUAUAGACAGGCCAAAGUCAAGACUUGGACAUCCAGGAGCACAAACAACAGAUCAAGAUUCCCUUCAUUCAUCCUCUCUUAGUAUAAAAUCUGACAACACUAGUUUAAGUAGUGACAGUGGUGUAGAAAAUGGUAAAAAAGGAAAGAAAACUAAACAGUCAUCAGAUACCAGCAGUGUAAGUUCAGUAGAUAACUUUAAUAGAAAGAACAAUCGGGAUAGAAGAAGAAAGAACAAACAACAAUUUGUAGAAACGAAACAGAACAAGAAAAUGGGAAGCAGAUCAAGUGUGAGCAGCAAGUCUUCAUCUAGAAGUGACAAUGACAGUAAAAAGAAUGCUAAUCAAAAUAAAGGGAAUAAAAGUAAUGAGAAGCUGGAUAUGAAAGGGAAAACAGAACAGGCAGUGAAAGAUAAAUCUCCGGAUAAAGAUGCCAAGGUUCACAGAAUUCCAAGUGCAACUUUUGCUGAAGAGGAGACAGCAAACGCUGAAAAAAAUCAUGAGAAAACUGACGAUGAAAAGGUUAAAGAACUGGAAAAAGAUAAAUCUGAUCAGCAAAAGGAGAAUACUGAACAAACCACAUCUAAUGUAGAAGAAAACAAAGAAGAAGAUAAUAAAAAAGAUCAAUCAGACAGCAUUAAACAAGGUGAUGAAACAGAGGCAGUAGUUCCUGAAAAAAAAUCUGACAAUAAUACAAAUGACAAACCAUUGGAAUCUGAAAAUAAACCAGUAGAGGAAACUAAAAAUAAAUCAUUAGAACCAGUAGAGGAAACUGAAAAUAAACCAGAUGAGAAAACUGAAAAAGCUGAUGUGCCAGCUGAAGAACAACAUGAUCAAGGAAAACCAGAUGAAAACAAAGAGGAUAAAACUGAAUCAAAAACUGAAGCCAAGGAAGAAACAGCAGAGAAACAAGACGGGACUGGAGAGGAGAAAGAAGAUACAGGAAAGAAUAAACUAAGCAGGCAAGAUUCUAUUGAGGAAGAAGAUGAAGACAGAAAAGUAAAUAAAGACCUAGAUAAAAUUGAAUAUUAGAAUAUUUGAAACGAGAAUUAUUUAAAUAUGUAAAGUAGUAGAGACUUAUGCUGUGUAUGGUAUAUUUAUGCCGUAAGCACAUAUUUCAAGCACUACAUAUUAUGAAGAAAAUGAGUGAAAAUAAUUUUGAUAAACAAAAUUAGCUUUUACAAACUUAUUAUAAUGAAAAAAUGUAUUUAAGUCAUGAUCCAAAUUUUAGACUAAGCUCCAGUCGGUGAAAAUUUGAAAUUUUUUACACUGUACAAAGUUCUUUUCAUCAGGUUUGUGAGUUUUAUAUCAGUUUAGUUCAGUAUUUAUUAGACAGGAAACCUGUUAAGCAUUCUUUAAUUGAUUUUCCAUGUUGUUAGUGAGGUAUAUUAUUGGUUGUUCUGUUAUUGUUCUUCAUGUUCUGUUGUAGUUUAUGUGAUAUGAUGAUAUAAGCAAAGCAAAAUAUUUUUUGCAUUUAAUGUUUCUAUUUUCACUUUUUUAUUUACUGUUAAAUCAUAAAUAUUAUUGGGGGACUAAUAUUCGUGAAUUUCAUGAUUGCAUCAAUCAAUGAAAGUAAUCCCAAAUUUAUAAAAUUCACAUUCAGUUCAAGUUGAAAUGCUCAAAUUUGUAUCCUCACAAAAAUGCCAUUUUGGUCAAAAGUACAAAAUAUUAUGCCCUUGAAAUUAAAUUAUUUUAAAGUAAUUAUGUUUCCUGGUAAUCAUUCUGAUGUAUUUUCCUACAUUUUUUAUAUGUGUAUGUAAGCACUGGUAUUUACGGAAGCGCAUGCUAAUUUCAAUGUGAACAGGAGAAUUUUGGUUGACUGGGUAAUAUUUACGAUGAUUUUGUUUUCACUAAUUAUUUGCAAACAAGAGUGGCAUUUGUGACUUUUAAUAUAAGUAUUAAGUAGCAUGUACAGUCAAACUUUGUUUGCUUGAACGCAGAUUGUUUGAUCUCCACCCUUCCCUCAAAGUCAUUGUCAGGUCUCCACAAAAAUCCCUAAAUAAUGUAUAUUGUUUGAUGGCUGGAACUACAGAUAACUCUUGGAAAUUUUGCCAGUCCCGUCAAAAUCGAGUAAACAGCGUUCAACUGUAUACAAAAAAUAUAACCAACUAUCAAGCAUGCAUUCUUAUUAAUGUGAAUGCAUCUGUUAGCUGUCAAAUUACAAAACAGAAGUUUCAUAAAAAUUACCGUCUUCAGUAAAACUAAUAGAAAACUAAACACUGAAAAAUUAUAUCUUAAAAUAUGAACCAGCUGUUUAACUUUACCUUAUUUCUUAAAGAGUAAAUAUUAACUAGAUAGAUGUUGGAUGCCUUUUUAAUGAAAACAAAACACCAAAGUAUACAUUUUUGUGAGAAAAAAAUCAGAUAUUUACAGAUGUAUUAUAUUGUCUGGGGUUAUUAGAUGAAAAAUUAUUUAUUUUUUCUAGUAAAACUUCUUUUAUUGUAUUUAUGUCUAUUUGUUGUCAAACUUAUUUUCAAGAGCAUUAAUUCUUUUAACUGCAUAAUAUAUAUACACAAGAUUCCAGCUCAUCUGAUCUUUAAACUGUUGCUUCAAUACACAUCAAAGCAUAUGCUGUGAUUAAAUUUUUAAUGUAGAUUCUUUAUUCUGUCAAUACAGGUUAUCUUGUCUGUCUGACAGAACUGUUAUUUCUAUUAUUAUCUCCCUUUUAAUAAUCCAAGAUACGUGUAUAGGUUACCUACCUUAGCAAAACUAGCAGCCAUUUUGUAUAUGUGUUGGCACAGAUUUAAGAAAAUCCACAAAGUGACAUUAAAAACAAAUCGGGUAUAUUAAGUUACAAUGUGUUAUGAUCACAUUUCAAAUGGUCUCUUCAUUCAUUAAUGCUAAACACAGUCAUAAUUAUAUAGGUAUAACAAGUGCCAAAUACUUAAGUAUGAAUACAGCAUUGUUUAUUAUUAUAUUAUUAUUGUGUUGGUACAAUGAGCUGUCAAGUUAUAGAUUUGCAUUUCUUACAUAUUUUAACAGAGAUCAAUAUAGCAUUAGACUUUUUAUUGUGAACUAUUUGCUAGUAUUUUCAAAUAAAAUAUCUCAACAUAA